AUGUUUACGGAAGGUUUAGAUGAAUCCGCUAUCAACUGGAUCAAGCGGGGAUCAGAUGUAGAAGAAGCUCAACUUAAAGUUCGAUCUCCGCUAUCGCCGUUAUCAGCACAGCAGCUAUCACCACCACCAGCAGCAGAAACAGAAAACCCAUUUCCGAAAUCUCCACGUUUAUACAACAGCUCUUCCCAUUUGUUGCCUCCGCUUAAAUUCUACUCUGGGUUACUAACCCCUCACAGUAUAGUCUCUCCGUGCCUUCAAAACAAAGACGACGACGACGACUACCACGAGAAUGAGAGCGUGGCUUCAGUUUGUGAUUACGUGAGUGGUCGGGGAAACUACACUGAAGAGGAUGAUUUUGAGGAUGUGGGUCCUACUGAUUUUGAUUACUUGGAGAAGCCUGUGAUGCAAUGCUAUCAGGAACAAGAUGAUGAGGAGAUUUUUGGGGUUACUAGAAAUAGGCCUACUCCUAAAACUAAGUUGAAUAGAGGGGUUUUGAAGGAGGAUUUGAAAAUUGAAUUGCCUGGUCACUUUAGAAGGCUUAAGACUAAUAUUGGAGUGGAUGGUGAUUUAGGGUUUAGAAGAUUUAGCACACCCCAGAAGAAUUCAGUGGGCUCAGGUGGUAGUUUUUCGCUUCGAGAGAGAGUUCAGCUACGCAAUGCACACUUGGGUACUUGUAGUAAUGAAGCGAAGGUGUUUAGGGCAGUGGAGGAUGUGGGAACUCCAAGUGCUCCUCCAAUUAUGGAAAUUGGAGGAGAAGAAGGGAGUGUUAUGGUUGAAACAGAAAUGGAGCAAAUUGAGUAUGGAGUUGGAAAGUCAAGAGAAUCAACGGAAGGUUUAGUUGAUCAAACAUUACAAUCUGUGCCAAGUACUGAAUGUAAUGAAAGAGUAAAUAACACUGCGACUGGAGAAAUGGAAGGAAAGAUGCCUUAUUGGCAGACAAGCUUAUCGGACCAUUCACCUUGUUAUAACACGGGCGGUCAAUAUGCCUGGCAAACGAUGAUUGCUUAUGAUGCAUGUAUCCGCUUAUGUCUAUAUGCAUGGGCCAGAGGUCGCACUGAGGCUCCUGAGUUUCUGCGUGACGAGUGUCUGAUCCUUCGAAGUGCUUUUGGACUACACAAAUUUUUGUUGCAACCACGAGGUAUCCAACCUGUAGCAGUCAACACAACUAAAAGUGCAGAACAAAUAUGCCAUUUGAAGGCGAAGAAGGUUCUUGGGAAGAUAAGAGUCGAAGUGAAGAAACUCCGGCUAAUACCAAGGCGGAAACUUAUGAGCACUUACUCCCAGCGUAGUGCAAUCUACAUGCAAAUGGGGAAAGAGUAUGCCCAGCAUGUUUCAUCGCUGGUGAAGAAUGGCAUGAGUUCUCUUAAAAGAGCUUCUUUUCCAGUGGUGACAGAAGAGAAACUGACAUGCUUAUUCCAACUGAAGAGCACUACUGAAAAUUCUCAAGUUGAACCAGCUUCGGCUAUUUGUUUACACCCAGGAAGUGGGGAAUACCACAUCUUUUUUCCAGAAAGUGAAGGGGAAGCACUUUUGGUAGAGGUCCAAGAUAGAAAAAAAUCUCUCCAAGGCCGAGCUACAAUUGCUAUUUCAUCUUUCAAUGAUAAUCCUAGUGACAGAAUUCGAUGGUGGCCCUUAUACCAUGAAGAUCAAGAAUGUGUUGGGAAGAUACAGCUCUUCAUUGGAAGUACCAUUACACAUGAUGAGACUAACAAUAUUAAGAGUGGGCCUGUUGUGGAAACUCUAGCUUACGAUCUACUACUAGAGGCUGCUAUGCGUGCACAGCAUUUUCAUUCUCGAAAUUUGAGAUUACAUGGACCUUGGAAUUGGCUGUUGAUUGAAUUUGCAGAUUAUUAUGGAGUUUCUGAUUCAUAUACAAAGUUAAGAUACCUUUCACGGGUCAUGGACGUGGCCCUUCCAAAGAAAGACUGCUUGGAGCUUGUCAAUGAGUUACUUGUACCCAUUAUGAAGGCCAGGAGUGAAAAGAGUUUAACAAUGCAAGAGAAAAGUAUAUUUUUAGAUUGCGAAACACGAAUUGAGAGUCUUUUGGCACAAGUUUUUGAGAACUACAAAUCACUGGAUGAAAACUCACCCACAGGGUUGGCAGAACUGUUUGACCUGAUGCAGGAGUCUGCAGCAGCAGCUCUUGCUGAAGCUGUUAAAGUCUACACCCUACUCCAUGACAUACUAUCUCAAGAUGCACAAACUAUGCUGAGGAACUAUUUGCAGACAGCAGCAAAGAAGAGAUGUCGGAAACACAUGGUAGAGACUGAUGAAUUCGUUUCUGGGAACUCUGAAGGCUUCCUCAUAGAUUCUAUUACUAUCUCGACAGCUUAUUUAAAAAUGAAAAAUUUAUGUCUGAAUAUUGGGAAGGAGAUUCAGGCAGACAUCAGGAUCCACAACCAGCAUCUACUCCCAAGUUCAAUCGACUUGUCGAACAUUGCUGCUGCAGUUUAUAGCACUGAGUUGUGUAACAGGCUUAGAAGUUUCCUCUCUGCAUGUCCUCCAUCUAGCCCGCAACCACAUGUAAAUGAACUACUGAUAGCAAUUGCUGAUUUUGAACGGGAUCUUGGGUUAUGGAACAUCAGUCCAGUGCAAGGCGGUGUAGAUUCAAGGGGAUUGUUUCACAGUUACAUAAUGGUUUGGGUGCAGGAUAUGCAAAUUAACUUGCUUGAGCUUUGCAAAGCAGAAAAGGUACCAUGGGCUGGAGUAACAACAAAUCAUUCCACCUCUCCAUUUGCUGAAGAAAUGUAUGAGAGAAUCAAAGACUCUCUUAUUGAGUAUGAGGUGGUUAUCAAUCGAUGGCCUCGGUACUCCUUGAUUUUGGAAAAUGCUGUCGCUGAUGUUGAAAGAGCAAUAGUUAAAGCUUUGGAGAAGCAAUACAAUGACAUCUUGACUCCUUUGAAAGAUAGCAUUCCAAAGAGGCUUAAUAUGCAGGUCCAAAAGCUGACAAGAAGGCAAUCGACAUCACUUUAUUCUGUACCUAAUCAAUUGGGAAUUUUUCUUAAUACCAUCAAGAGAAUUCUUGAUGUCUUACAUUGUAGAGUGGAGGACAUUCUGAAGUCCUGGGCUUCCUAUCUGCCUCUCGUGGGAGAUAAAAAGUCAAUUUGUGGGGAGCAGAUGAAUGGAAUUACUGUUCUGUUGAGAACAAAAUACAAAAAUUACUUGCAGGCAACAGUGGAAAAGCUCGUUAACAAUGUGCAAGCUAGUCGAAGCGUACGACUAAAAAGAAUUUUGGAGGACAUUAGGGAAGAAGAUGGAGAGGCUGAGGUCCGGGAAAGAAUGCAGAUCCUAAGUUCACAGCUUAUUGAUUGUAUAUCCAAUUUGCAUGAUGUUUUCGCUAGCAGGAUAUUUGUUGCAGCAUGUCGUGGAUUCUGGGAUAGGAUGGGAGAGAUUGUUUUGAAGUUUCUUGAAAGCAGGAAGGAAAACAAAGUUUGGUAUAAUGGUUCCUUCUAUGCACUUGGGAUACUGGAUGACACAUUUGCUUCGCAGAUGCAGCGAUUGCUAGGAAACUCGCUUCAAGAGAAGGAUCUAGAGCCCCCUCGAUCUGUAAUUGAAGCUCGAUCUAUUCUUUGCAGAGACACAGCAAAUGGAACAGAAGCAUCCACCUACUUCUAUGUUUAG